UUCUUUCAUGGUUGAGGCCUGCCUGUCGAUUUAUUUUAAUCUCGACAACCUCUUGGAAGCUCGCUGUCUAAGCUGUCCCUACCUAAGGAAAACACCCGCUGACCUUCUCGCCUAAUCCUGUGGUAAAAGUUGACUAGACAAUGGCAAAGACAAUUAGCUUGUAUGGUUUUCCUACUGUUGAACCUCCAGAUGACAUAAAGGAAUGUCUGGAAGAAUACUCUGGUGAAGGUACAGUUGUAGCUGUUCAUGUUGCACAACCAAAAAGUGUAGGGUCAAGAACAAAUGCUAUAGUUGAAUUCACAACCAGUGAAGCUGCUCAAAAGAUCAAGCUCAAGUCCUUGGAUGAUGAAGGUCUAUGGUAUGGUAAUUCUUAUCUGAAAGCGCGGGAUGCGUAUCACGAUACUGUUUCAACGAGAAAGGCCUUUCAGACUCAGUAUAGCAUGGAUAACAUAACACUGCACUUCGGAUGUCAGGUUUCAAAGGAAAAAUUCUCAGUUCUUUGGACUCAAAAAGAUGUUUCGGUAACAUUUGGUGUUGAGCUGAGGAAAUUCCACUUCUUUCUGACGUAUCUUUCCAAAAAUUACAAGCUCGAGCUAUCAUAUGAGAACAUUUUGCAAAUUAAGCUGCAUCGACCUUGUCGAAAAACUAAGAAAUAUCUUCUCGUCCAGAUGCUCGGAGGCCCCAAGAUUUUUAAGAAAGAAACGCAUAAGCUCAGCAAUUUUAAGGAAGCUACUGAUGAUCAGUGGAUUCGAGAUGUUGAUUUUUCUCCAUCUUACUGCAUAGGCCAAUCUUCUGCUUUGUGCUUGGAGCUUCCGCGCAACAGCCAACUUCCGAAUUUGCAAGAAAAUUUUGUCUGUUACAAAGAAGAAGAUGAAGGCCGCUUCAUUCUGGAAAAAGGAUCGACCUUCUGUUGCAAGUCAGAUCUUGUUCCUAUUUUGCGUGCAGCUCAAGUAUCUGAACUUCCAUAUGACAUUGUGUUUAAAGUCAAUUCCUUGGUCCAGCAUGGUUGUCUUCCUGGACCAGCACUUGAUGCAAGGUUCUUUCGUUUGAUCAAUCCAUACAAAAUUCAUAUUGCAUACAUACAACAUGCCCUUGAGAAGCUAAGUCAUUUGAAGGAAUGCUGUUAUGAUCCUGCACGAUGGCUCCAGGAGCAAUACCUGAAAUACCUCACCACUGGCAGACUUCCUACACCUGCUAUUGCUGUAGAUGAUGGGUUGGUAUUUUUACGUAGGGUUCAGAUAACCCCUACUAAAUUGUACUUCUGUGGCCCAGACGUGAAUCUCUCCAGUCGUGUUUUACGCAAAUAUCCUGAUGAUAUCGAUAACUUUCUUCGGGUUUCUUUUGUUGACGAGGAUCUUGAUAAGCUUUUAUCUACAAAUAUAUCGCCAAAGACAUUUUCUGCAAUUGAGGGGAGGCAAACCAGCAUUUAUCAAAGGAUACUGUCAGUUCAAAGAAAUGGCAUAACUAUCGGAUCUAAGAAGUUUGAGUUUCUUGGUUUCUCACAGAGUCAAUUACGGGAGAGUUCUCUUUGGAUGUUUGCUUCUAGACCUGGGCUAACAGCAGCAGACAUCAGAGAAUGGAUGGGUGAUUUUCGUGAAAUAAAGAAUGUGGCCAAAUAUGCUGCAAGGCUUGGCCAGUCUUUCAGCUCAUCGAGGGAAAGUUUCAACAUUGAUAGGCAUGAAAUAGAAAUUAUUCCUGAUAUAGAGGUUAAAAGCGGUGGAGUCAACUAUGUUUUCUCUGAUGGUAUUGGAAAAAUUUCAGCAGAAUUGGCAGAUAGCAUAGCUCAGAAACUUGGCCUUAGAAGUUUUACUCCUUCUGCCUUUCAGAUUAGGUACGGAGGCUACAAAGGUGUUGUGGCUGUUGAUCCUACUUCAUCGAUGAAAUUAUCACUGAGGAGAAGUAUGUCGAAGUACAAAUCAACUAACACUAGCUUGGAUAUUUUGGAUUGGAGCAAGUAUCGGGCUUGUUUUCUCAAUCGUGAAGUGAUCACUCUUUUAUCUACCCUUGGGGUUGAAGAUCAAGUUUUUGAAAGGAAGCAAAAGGAGGCUAUAGCUCAACUAGAUUCUAUUUUAACCGAUCCAAUAAAAGCACAGGAGGCACUUGAGUUGAUGGCUGCUGGAGAGAGCGCACAUGUUCUGAAGGGAAUGCUUGCAUGCGGUUAUAAGCCGGAUGCAGAGCCAUUUCUAACAAUGAUUCUGCAAACAUUCCGCGCAUCGAAGUUGCUUGAUUUGCGGACAAAAUCAAGAAUAUUUGUUCCAGAAGGAAGAGUAAUGACGGGAUGUCUGGAUGAAACGAGGACGUUGGAAUAUGGUCAAGCAUUUGUCCAGUAUUCUCGUGCUAGACGUAGGAAGUUAUAUGAUCAUUUCAAAGGUGGCAAAUCAGAGACAGCCAUUUUUAGGGGAAAGAUAGCUGUUGCAAAAAACCCCUGUCUACACCCAGGAGACGUGCAGAUCUUAGAGGCUGUGGAUGUGCCGGAUUUGCAUCACAUGGUGGAUUGCAUCGUUUUCCCCCAAAAAGGAAAGAGACCUCAUACAAAUGAAUGCUCGGGAAGUGAUCUAGAUGGAGAUGUGUACUUUGUAUGUUGGGAUACUGAUCUCAUUCCUCCUCAGAAAUUUCCACCCAUGGAUUAUGCUGCACCACAAACUACGAUUUUGGACCACGAUGUUACAAUAGAGGAAGUUCAGGAGUAUUUUACAGAUUACCUACUCAACGACAGCUUAGGGAUCAUUUGCACUGCUCACGUGGUCUUUGCAGACAGUGAGCCUGACAUGGCAAAAAGUGAAAAAUGUAUUAAACUCGCUCAGCUAUGCUCACUCGCUGUUGACUUCCCAAAAACCGGCGUGCCUGCUAAAAUUCCUAAAGAACUACGCGUCAAAGCAUAUCCAGAUUUUAUGGAGAAGGAUGCAGAUAAACAUACUAUCUAUGAAUCCCAGCGUGUACUUGGAAAGCUUUUUCGAGCUGUAAGAGACAUCGCACCGGACACAAGUCCUAUGGGAUCCUUCACUAGGAAAAUGGCAAAGCAGUCUUAUGACCCUGACAUGGAAGUUGAUGGAUUUAAGGAUUAUAUCAACGAUGCUUUCUAUUACAAAAGUGAAUACGACAACAAGCUGGGGAACAUGAUGGACUAUUACGGGAUCAAAACUGAGGCUGAAAUAAUCAGUGGUUGCAUCAUGAAAAUGGGAAGAUCUUUUGAUAAGAAAAGGGACUUGGAUAGUAUUCAUUUUUCUGCAAGUUCCUUGAGGAAGCAAGCUAGAGCCUGGUUCAACGAGAGCGGUUCAGACGAAAGCCCUGAUGAUGUUUAUCGAAAAGCAUCAGCUUGGUACCACGUCACAUAUCAUCCUCGUUUUUGGGGCCGCUACAACGAGGGAAAGGAUGGAGUUCAUUUCCUCAGUUUUCCAUGGUGUGUUCAUGACAAACUUUUUGAGAUUAAGAAGGGCACGACAUCAUUGGUGCACCAGUUCAAUCGAAUACCGAGCUUUCAUGUAGAGAUCGGAGACUAGAAGACUUCCCUUCUGUCCUCUCGCAGGCGUGCUCGUUGCCUCUUUUAUUACGAAGUACAUAUUUAUUUGCCUAUAAAACUCAAAGCCUGUGCGUGUUUGAUAUUUGUGUGACUACUUGUCUUUAGCUUACUGUUAUUUGUGUGUAUUGUCUACAGCAUUGUUGUGAGGAGUGGUUUGUUAUUGGUUUA